AUGUUUGCUGUGCACUUCCACAAUUUAUCCAUUUCCUGUUCUUGUUUUUAUUAUGCAGUCGAUUGUGAUCCUGUGAAAAUUGCUCUACAUAUGGCUAUUCUAUGGAUUAAUAAUGUAUGUGAUGCUUUUAAAAAACGUUUUUAUCAACAUUACUUUGUGGAAAAUGUAAAUAUCUUGGAAGCCUGGUUGCCCAAUUCACUCGAUAGAGCCAUCGACAUAUUACAAAAUGUUGACUUGACUGAAAAAUUUGAUGUAACAAUACCGUUAAAAACGAUCGAACAACAUGAGCCUUCCAUUCGAAAUAUAAAAGAUUUUCCUGGAUCAUUAAAAGUUGAGCAGUUUAUUGAUGUAAUAAAUGAUUUCAGUAAAUUGCGAAAAUGUUGGCCAAAUAAUUCGAAUUUUAUUGAAUAUGAUGAAGAUAUGAUCGGAUGUAUAACAUUGUUAAGUCAAUUAGCUUUGUUAGACGGAAGAAAUGAAAGAAAUUGGCUUGCAUGGCGAAGGUUACUUUCAGAUCGGCAAUGUACUCGCGUACUCCUGUGUGGCGAACGAGCUGGUCAUUAUGGUCCAUCGGAAUUUGCCAUAAUUUUGUUUGGUGCUGGUACAAUGUUGAACCAAUUGAAUGACUAUGUCAACGAUGAAAAGUUUAUGAAAAACUUAAAAAAUAAUCUUUUAAACAAUGUUGAAUUGAUGAAUAUAGCAAACAAAUUAUUUAAACCAUUUACCGAUUUAUAUGCUUGUCCAGCUACAUGGCAUUCGUAUUAUCAACACCACCAACAACAGUCGAUAAAUAAAACUAUGAAUAUUUUAGAAUAUCAUCCAACCGGACCACAAUAUGUAACUAUACAAGAUGAUCACCAACAAAAGCCGAUAAACAUCACAACAAACUCUCUAUUAACAGCAUUGAAAGCAAUACAGAAUAAAGAAAAAACAUUAAAGGAAAUUAAUUUUGUCCAGCUCCUUGAUGACGAGGAAUUAAAACGUACAGCUUUACCGAUGAUAAAAGAAGGACAACAUAUAGGUGUUUAUAGCGUGCAAUCGACAGACGAUGAAACAUCCAAAAUUAAAACGACUGAUGACUUAUUGUUUCAAUUAGCUGAUGAUCUUGCAGGAUAUUACACCGAAAAAGCAAAGCAAUAUGGAAUCCAAUGCAGAAAUGAGGCAGCAAAACAAAGUACUGAUCGCAUACAGAAAAUAUACAACUCGUUCGUGAAUAAUUAUCAUCAACAGUCAGAAAUGGAGAAACUUACACCGCUAUCAUCAUCUCCAGUUAUUUGGCUGCAUUCGCUAAAGUCUCCAAAGUUCUCAUUAGAUCGUAUACAAACUGUUCAUGAAUUUAAUGCAAUGAAACAAGUACGUUGGAUAUAUUUUCAUGCAACUGAUCAAUCGUUUGAUAUUAAAAAAACUCGUGGUACAUUCACAAAUGAACAGGAUUUAUUGUAUUCAUUACUAAAUGAUUUAAGCUAUUAUUGCAUUCAACAAGGAAAUCAAUCAAGUCUUUUGGGCAAUCAUGAACAAGCUAAAGCAAAUUAUCGUCAAGCAAAAACGUUUUGUGACUUCAUAACAGGAAAUUUAAUGACAAAACAGUUAGAAUUAAAUUUAUAG